CUGAGCCCUUCGUUGCAACGGGCUGUGAACCCUGCAGGCUGCGAGCCCUGUGGCCGCAGGCAGGUUGCAGAUCCUGUGCGGGACAGUGCCCGGGGCAAGGCGAUUUCACCUUGAAUGAGCGUUUCCGCUGGUCCCUGGGGCACGCAGCUGCCCCGCAUGGCAGGCAAGGAGACUGCGGGAGCUGCUUCGGGGAAGAUGAAUCUGUGGGCAAAAGCGGCAUCUCAUCUGAACACCCUCCGCACGCCGUUCAACUCCCCGCAUGCUGCAGAGCAGAGGGUAAUAACUCUGUCUUUACUGAUGUAUCCAGUGCUGAAGAGUCUAGGUCUUCAGCUGCACUCUGCAGUCACUGGCAGCUAUAUCUCGGGAACCCAUUCCAUUGCUUUCAUUAACUGUCCCAAUGAACAAGUUGCAAAGGAUAUUGCAAGGGCCAUUAUGGAUAAAAAGCUGGCUGCCUGUGUGAAUAUCCUGCCGAAGGCCUCGUCUAUGUAUUUUUGGAAAGGGGAAAUAGAAGAAGCCACUGAAAUACUUCUAUUAGUGAAAACCAGGACGUCAAAAAUAAGUGAAUUAUCGGACUACAUCAGAUCCGUGCAUCCCUUUGAGAUUCCUGAAUUUAUCAGCCUGCCUAUAGACCAAGGAAACCCCCUCUAUUUAAAAUGGAUUGAAGAAGGUGUCCCCGAUGACUAGCUGGCCUGCACCAUUCUGUCCUCCAGACAUACCCAGCGUUUCCUUCCUGCCAGGCGUAGAGGACAUUUGCUUUGGCUCUGUAGUCUUCUCCCACUGCAGGUGGGACUGGUGCAUACAUACGGAAGGACAAUAAAACCCCAAGGGAGUGUUGGUAGCACAAGCACCUGGGAUUUGAAAUUUGACUCCUACUUGAAAUACAGUUUAAUGGACACGCCUUGUUUGUGUAAACCUACAUUCUACUGAGCACUUAGCAACACAUCGUAAGUGGAGCCUGAAGGGGAGAAAGGGCACAAGUUGUCCAAGAGUAGUUCCAAAGUCAUGAACAGCAGGGUUUGCAAAGGUGUGUGCGAUGGGAUGUGAGCUCCUAGGGAGACGCUAUGGCUAUUUUUAGGAGCACAGGGUGAAAAUGCACAGGAUAGACCCCAGCAACACAGUCCCUGGAGAAAGACCAGAGUUCCAGUCCACUGGCUUUCAGAGGUUGGCUGCACUGCAGAGGAAGCAUGUGUAGCCCCAGUGACAGUGAGCUGGGGUGACCGCUGGUCUGUCUGCCUCCUGAAGAAGGGUUGCUGCAAAGUGGCGGAACCAAAGAUGGGGAAGGUCCUGCCCAGCCCUCUGUCCCACUUGCCCAAAUGAACGUAAAUCAGGAUGCAGCAAAAUGUCCCAUGAGGCAUCAGAUCAUGUCAUCUCCUGCUGUGCGGCACUGUUUGCAGCAACAUGGUGCUUUGCAUCCUGACAAGGCAGCAGAGCCAGCCAUUCAGAGCGCUGCCUGCUGAGCAUUUGUGAAAGGAUCCCAGGCAGCACAAAGGAGGACCCACUGGGGUGGGGAAAAAGCUGGACUAGGGGAUGCAGCUGACAAUAGCCCACUGCUUCUGGGAAGAGCACAAACGGUUAAUGCUCUCCAGAGCAUACAGCAAUGCCUAAAGGCAGUAGGGAUCCAGUGAGGGCCUGUGCCAUGCUGCACAACAGUGCCAGGCUGAGGAGACAAACCUGGUCCCAACAAAACCUUCCCUCUGGCUGAAGCAAACGCUUUCUCCCUUGGCGGCAUGUAACACUGCAGACAGAGUAUGUGGGCCAAUGUUUGCGGUGAAGCCACCAGAAAAGAGGGUUCCCUUUGAGAAGGACUAGGACUUUCGGCCACUGUACUGCCAAAAUGUUGGGCGUAGGUUAUAACUACAGCCUGGACCUGUUCUUGCUCCCAUUGGUCAGUUCUGCCGGUGGUUUAUUAAUUCACGCAGGGCCUGAUCUAAAGCGGAGUGAAGCCAAUGAGAGUCUCUCCCUUGGCACGGGGGCUUUGGCUCAGGCCCAUAGUGCUGCGGGUGGGAUGACACUUUGCAUGUGUCAGUUGAUGUCCCUGCCCUGAAUAUAAAGUAUACAGCUAGCACACAGAGACGUCGGCAUGCUGUGGGGUGGGAUGAUACAAAUGAGGGAGCGAGGGGCCAAUAGGAAGGGGAAGGGGUCAGUAAUGGGAGCAGAACUGGGUCACUUGAAGCUGUGUUUAAAAUCAGAUUAACCCUAAGGGAGCCGGACCAGGGCUGACCUUGCUGGAACUGCUUGGCAGAUGCUGUCAGGGCUGAGGCAAAGGAUGCAGCGCUGGAGAAUGCCUGACCGCUGGAACCAUCGCUGAGUGCAUCUGCCAGUCAAAGAGCACUUGACAUGAAGCCAGGCUCUAGCCACUGGAGGAGAACUAUCCCCCACUCAGAGCCGGAGUAAAGCGGGUUUCACUCCCUUGAAGCCAAAAACAUAUGAGAACAAGUCAGGGGAGGAAACUUGCACGGUUUGAAAUUCAGUGAGAGAUGUGCACGGGAGGGGUGACGUCACGCUCCCCGUGCUCGUUAUCACCUGCAGCCGCUCCUACCUACUGGCGUCACUCGCAAUUUCUCUGGCAAUUUGCUGUGGUUUUAAAUGGGCACUGGAUGUGCUGAGCUGCGGAAUUAAAGCUAAUUUGCAGAAUAAAGGUCAGCAACCAGCAAAUGGGAAAGAGAUUUAUUAGUGAGGCUGAAGGGCAGAUUGGCCAGGUCCCUUCGUUUUCUAGUAUCAACUUAUUUGUUAGAUGCCAUGAAUGUUCCAGUGCUAAAUGUAAUUAGUAGGAUAUUGGCAGAACAUGUGGAGAACACCCCUGUGCCUGCAGAAAAGGAGCCAUUAGCUCUUUAAUGAGAAAAAAAAAGUCUGUCUACACCUGGUCAGAUUUGUAUUGUGAACCCUGAAAAUUGCCUCAGAAUUUGAUGGUGAAAUGAAAUGUCCUAGGGCAGGGAGAUUUUAACGGGUGAGUCAUUUAAUAAUCUGACUGUGAGAAAAUGCUCUUGGGCACUUAGCUGAUCUAGGAGCUUUGCAGUGACUAGUGAAAGAGCUCGUGGCACUUUCAGGCAGCUACCCCCCCUAGGAUCCUGCAUAUGCCUAGAGGAGCAUUAGCCUCACCUGAGAAAGCUGAAAGGUGAGCGUGAGCCUGGCAUGCCAGCUUCACAGCGUGUCGAGGAUGCACUGGACUAUGGAGGUUGAGCAGUUCAGGAUCAAGGCUCCAGCAGAACAAGAGGCCCCAAUUGCUGCUACCUCUGCUGCCACUGUUCUAAAGACAGUGAGGAUGUCAGACUCCAGGGCUGUCAAGCCAGCGGCCCAGGACAGAACUACUUCCCUGCUCUGUGAAGAGGCACCCUCUGCCCUGUGCUCUAGGUACAUGUUGAAGAAAAGCACAGAACUGUCUGAAAUAAACUGGAGUAAUUCUGUCUCCCCAGCUCCUGGGUGCGAGCCUACUUUGAUUUACACUCUUUACCUUCUUUAAACUCUGAGUGAAAUGCUAGUGCUUUAAUAGUUAAAAUACCUCAGCUCCGUACAGUUCAGUGCUCCCUUGAAGCUUCUCUUGCCUAAUGGUCCCGUUUAAAGGAUUUUUCACAUUUCUUAGCCUCUUGGACCAGAGCUAUGCAGGCUAAUCCUGUUACAGUACAAAGCGCUAAGUGCUGCUGUAAAUCAGAGGCCUCAUCUCCACAAUGCUGCCUACAUAAAGUGUGCAUGAUACUGUAUGAUAAUCCAGGAUAGGAAAAAACGCAUCUCUAAUCUGCUCCUUUUCAUCAGCUGACAGAGUUCUAGCUCACACACCGCAAGGAAACAGAGCUUUUAUUUCCUUUAAGAGGAUAUGCGACAUCACUGUUGAGUAUAAACAGAGAAUUUCCCCAAGCUGAGAACCAGGUCUUUCCACUCUGCCCUUUGUUUUGCAGCUAGAAAUUACAUGAACAGCAAAUUAAAACACCAGAUUUAGUAAUACUGGCAACAGCCCCUUGUGUGACCGGAAUCCUGUCAGAUUUCGCACGGCUAAGCAGGGUCAGGCUGGGCCACAGAACUGCCAAGAACCCCUUGGCGCUCCAGGGACCAGUGCUGGGAACUCAACAGGUGGCACUCCAUCCUCUGAGUCAACGUGCCAUCAUAGCGAUAGUGAGAGAGCAGGGCUGCUGCUAUUCCGAUGAAUCAUAAAAACCAAGGUCCUGACCGCUUGUAAUUAAAGAGCCCGCAACCCUUUUUGUUCUAGCCCUAGUGUCCUAGCCAAAUUCCAGUCCGAGUUCCAUCAGGUUUCCUAAUCCCUCUGGCUGCGUCUGUUGGACUCCGGUAUACUAUUUUUAUUUCAAAAGUCUGUAUUUGUGAGCAGGGGGCUGCAAUUACAGGGAGACUUUUAAAAAUGCUAUAUGAAAAAAAAUUCUAGCUACUUUUAUCGCCACAAUAGGAUUAACCCUAGGUUAAAUCAGCUGU